AUGUCUGGAGCUGGGUUCGUUUUACGGAAGUGGGUAACUAAUGAUUCUUAUUUUGCAUCCCAUGAGAACAUUAAUGGCCAAGGUGUAAAGUCUAAUGAGGAUGAUGCGUCUUAUUGUGACACCAUCUUGCCCCAUGCUGACAAAAAUGCCACUGUAUUGGGUUUAAGGUGGGAUACCAACACUGAUGAAUUUGUUUUUGAUUUCAACUAUCUACUUCAAAAAUGUUUAGAGAUGAAAAAGACUAAGCGCGGUCUUUUGAGCACAGCCGCCUCAGUUUUUGAUCCUCUAGGUAUGGUUGCUCCUGUAACAGCAAGGAGUAAAACUAUUUUUCAAUUCCUUUGUAGUGAUAACUUAAGUUGGGAUGAUAACAUACCACAAAAUAUUUUAACUAUCUGGGAAAAAUUUGUGGAGGAAUUAAAAGCACUAAAUGAAGUCAGAGUUCCAAGAUUCAUUUUUACUGGUUGUAUUAGUGAUUUGAUAGAGAUUCAUGGUUUUUCAGACAGUUCUAAGGAGGUUUAUUGCGCUGUGUUGUAUAGGAGGGUUGUGUCAGGAAGUAAUGUGAAUUUAAGUUUUAUAGCAUCUAAGACAAGAGUAGCCCCUUUGAAGCAACUUUCAAUUCCAAGAUUAGAAUUAAUGGGAUGUUUGCUUCUCUCUACAUUGAUACGUGAAGUGUUAGAUGGAUGGAAAUGUAGAGUUCAUGUGAAUAAGGUCUUUUGUUGGAGUGAUUCACAGGUGAGUUUGGCGUGGAUAACGGGAAAAGAACGAAGGUGGAAACCAUGGGUGGAAAAUAGGGUAGUUUCUAUUAGAAAGGUUGUUGAGAGGAGUGAUUGGCAUUUUGUGAAAGGUGACAUGAAUACUCCUGAUAUUCCGACUUGUCUUGGAAAACAUUUAAAUGAUUGUUUUUCUAGUUCGUGGUUAGCUGGUCCAACUUUUUUGUUGAAACCUGAUUUUGAUAACUUUUCUACAGAUUCUAAUUCUGUUAAUGAUACUCUACUGAAGACAUUGGCUGGAGUAAGACCCUUGAUGUGA